AUGGGGGGCCGCGGGCUGGAAGGCGGCGGCGGCGGCGGCGGUGGCGGCGCCCCCCCCCCGUGGAUCGGCGAGAGGAGGGUUUGGGGGACGCUCGUCUCCAAGACGGGCCAGGGGGGAGGGGCCGUGGGCCGGUCGCUGUGCCUGAGGACCAGGAUGCCGCGACGGAAGAGGCGGGGCCAGAGCGAGGCGCGGCAGGUCGGCAGUGUGGACCAGCUGGUGGCGAGUAAGAAGCGUUGCCGGGACAACCGCGGCAGCAGGAAGGGCUCAGCGCGACCCGCCCCCGAGGAGAGUAUCACCGACCUUGUCGUUCCCCCGUCCUCACCAGGCCCGCCCCCCGACACGGCCCCCGCCCCGUCCCUGUGGCACACCACGGCCCUCCCCAGGACCAGCAGCACGGAGCUCAACCCGCCGGAGCUCUUCGACCAAUCGGAUCAGUUCGACCGGCUUCUGGAGCAGUUCAUGAUGGGCAUCGACAACAACAACAACAACAACAACAACAACAGAAGCACCAACAACACCACCGCCAGUCAUGCCCCGCCUCCGACCCCUUUCGUCAGUGGUUCUGUGGGCGGUACUCCAUCUUCCUGCGUUGCCGUGGCAGCACCAGAUGAGAGUGGGGGUGGGCCGGGACUCCCUUCCCCGGGCGGUACCGGCGGCUCCACGUGGUCCCAGGCCGGUCGGACCGGGGGCGAGAUGCCGCCGCCCUCGACGGAGGGGGAGCUCAACGACAUCCUGGACCACUUCCUGCGCUCCUUCGAGCUGAAGGUGGCCCACUGCGACGGCGGGGUCGACGGCGGGGUCGACGGCGGGGUCGACGGCGGGGUCGACGGCGGGGUCGACGGCGGGGGCCACGCCCAGAGCGGCGGUUCGGCCCCGGGGGCGGAGGGCGGCAGCGGGGGGGAGACGCAGGCCGAGACCGGAUCGACGGGACGCAAACGCAAGGGGCCUCCGCGGAAGGUCGGCCGCCCUCGGAAACGCAGACGACAUCACGGCGUCGGGGGUUUCCGUGGUGAGCCCGGCUUCAACAACCCCCCGGAGCCACGGUGGGCCGAUGGCACCGCGGGGAGCCCGAGCGUCACGCCGGCCGCGGGCAGCACGGAGGACUCCGAGGGGAGGGGCCCGAGGCCGAGCCCUCGGAAGAGGCUGAAGAGGUCGACCUCGACAUCAUCUUCCUCCUCGACGCCACGGCGAGUGACGCCGCCCUCCCAGGCCCCGACGGCGCCCAAACGUCCCGGAGGCAAGCCCCGCGACGGCGCCACGUCCGGCGGGGGGCCGUGGGCGGCGUGUGGUCCCGCUGUCGUCACGGCCCCCGAGCUGAAGCUCGAAGGGCCCGGCAAGAGGACCGGCGAGCCUUCCAGCCGGAGCAAAGCCAUGCUGUCGGCCUGGUGGCAGGCCGGGGCCCUGGGGCCUUGGGCCCCGGGGCUGGCGGUGGGAGCGGAGGGGGGGGUGGAGAAGCUGAGGCUGGUGCCCGUGGUGUAUCUAAGGAGGAGCCCUCUGCUGCAGCCCUAUCUCGACGGCCACAGACCGCUGAUCUCCUACCCCAUCAGGAGCAGGAUCAAAGAGCAGCACGACACGCAGACGAUGGCUCCUAUCCAGCCAACACAUUCAGGGCCACCGGCGGCUUCAGUUCCAGAAGUACAAUCACGGCCAUUGCAACGGCGGUGGAGAAAAAGGCACCUAGAGCCCAAGAGGCGGGUCAUCGAGGCAAAGAGGGUGUGUCUGGACCAGGAGGGACCCGUCAGCCCAGAACUAGGCACACCCAACUCAGGACACCUUCCCUGUCGGUCCGACGAAGAGGAAGGGAGGGUAACGGUGGACACAGACGAUGUUAUCGAUGUGGUCGCUGUGGAUUCGCUACAAGGCCACGGCAACCAUGGCGACCGCCCGCCAGAGCCUACCUCCGAGGUAGUGGUAGACGUUUUAGAAGUGGAGUCAGAAGCAGGGACGGGACAGCAGCAGGCGGCAGCCAUCGCCUCUGUCAAAGCCUCGGAGACGGGCCAGGAGACGAGGACCGGGGCGGCGUUGAUGGACGAAGACGAGGAGGUCGACGUCGAGGAAGAGGUCGACGUCGAAGAGGAGGUGGGCGUCAAGGAGGAGACAGCCAGCCAAACGCACAUAAACCUCAAACUGCAGCUACUGGUUGGGAAGAAGAUCUCCCAGCAAAGGGGGCUGGGACCAACAGGGUACUGGCCCCAGGAGCGCGGCGCAGGUGGUGUGUCAGCGCAGGUGUGUUGA